UUAGUUUGCCUUUAUUCGACCCGACGAAGAAGAGGCCUCACAUGUAGACCAUCUGCCCCAUGGUGUGAUCUGCUCUUGCAACAUUAAACUUGUAUUUAAACCGAUAGUAUCAAUUAGUUAUUGAGCUUUAGGUGUCGACACACACAGGGAAAACCAUGACAUCCAGUUGUCGACGGCCUGAACACACAGCUCCUCCUGAUGUGUUUUACAACGAAGAGGAGGCAAAGAAGUAUUCUCAGAACUCUCGAAUGAUAGAGAUCCAAACCCAGAUGUCGGAGAGAGCUGUGGAACUUUUAAACCUGCCGGAGGGACAGCCGUGCUUCCUGCUGGAUGUGGGGUGUGGCUCUGGUCUCAGUGGAGACUUCCUCUCAGAGGAGGGACACUACUGGGUGGGAGUUGACAUCAGCACUGCGAUGUUGGACGUUGCACUGGACAGGGAGGUAGAAGGAGACCUUUUACUGGGGGACAUGGGUCAGGGGAUGCCCUUUCGUCCUGGCACAUUUGAUGGUUGCAUCAGUAUUUCUGCCCUGCAGUGGCUCUGUAACGCUGACAAGAAGACACACAGUCCUCCAAAGAGACUCUUUACCUUUUUUAGUACUCUCUACUCGUCUCUGUCCAGAGGAGCCCGUGCUGUUUUUCAGCUUUAUCCAGAGAACUCAGAGCAGCUUGAGCUGAUCACGUCGCAGGCCAUGAGGGCAGGUUUCACAGGCGGCAUGGUGGUCGACUAUCCCAACAGCAGCAAGGCGAAAAAGUUCUUCUUGUGCCUUUUUGCUGGAAUAACAGGAGUUCUUCCCAAAGGUUUGGGAUCAGAAACAUCGGAUAGAAAUGUUUCAAACCAGGUUCAAUUUUCAGGACAAAGAUGUAGGUACAAAAACAUGAAGGGUAAAUCCUUGAAGAAGGGCCGAGACUGGAUCUUCGAAAAGAAGGAGAGGAGAAGAAGACAGGGGCGGGAGGUUCGAGCCGACACUAAAUACACUGGACGUCAGAGAAGACCUAAUUUCUAGCUCUGACUCAUGCAGCUGGGCCUUCAUUAGGUCUCAUCUGUGCCACCCUGCACGCUGCCACCUCUGGAGACACUGCGUGUGCGGACUCAACUCUUUAAUUCAAGUGGACCGGAGAGAGUGAACCACUGUUAAGGUUCAUCAUUUUUAGAUUUUUUUAAAACUGUCUCUUACAUACAGUGAGACAGACAAAGACUGCACUCUGUGAUCACAAUGGAUGGAAACACAUGCAUGUACUGGCCACUAAUGACAGAACACCACUGUCAUAGAAUCAAAACGGAUUUCAUAGAUUAUGAAAUGUCAUUCUCACCUCUGAUCAGCUGCUUGUUGGUUUAUCUGUAAUAUUUUCUCAAUAAAAAUCAAACCCAAAAUGUUUUAUUUCUUGAUAACCAAAGACAAAUUGGCAGCUCAUCAAGUUAAUACAGAUUAAGGGGAGACAUCGUAUGUAGAAAUUAGAAAUUAAAUAAAUAAACAGUUCUAUGUUAAAUCACAUUGAGGGUGGGAAGUCCAGGAGUGGACUGUUGACUCGGCAUCUGAUGACUUCCUGUGGGUGGCCUUCACCCCCCCCCCCCCCUUUGUCAUUACUUUGUGUCAUGUGAUGCAUUUUUAUUUUUUUGUGAACAUGAGAAAUAAGCAUUUUGUUCAUAAUAAACUAUUAAUAAAGCUGA